AUGUCCGUUGUUCAAGCCAUCUUGACACCAACCAUCGCUGGGGGGGUCUGCAUCCCAAUAUUCCUGGUGAUGACAUAUCUUAGCUUCCGGAUCUUGCACAAGAGGAAGGACAAAGCACGUGAGGGAGUUGUCUGGCUCCGAAUAACAUUCCCUGCUUGGAUCAUUAUCUGCUGCUUCUAUCUAGGCUAUGGAAUAUGGGGCUAUGGCUUUUACAACCAGGAACUUGAAUCCGAGUCAUUAGAACGCCUCAAUCUCGGAUUUCACAUGUACCGGAUGGGCAUUCGGUUCCCCCAUACGAUUAGCGACCUCCUUAUCCUCGGAACUCUCUUGGGCUUCGCAGCAGGCUUCUUGCAGGCUUUAGACAGUGAGCUUCCCCUGAACGCCCGGAAAACGAAGCGGCUGCGACUCUCCAGCCUGGUAUCGAUUGUGACUUUUGGGACUUUGAUCGGCGCUGUGUUUGCCCUUAUGUUUUCGCUGAAGGCAAUUCACGCCUGGCAUGAGCGGGAUUAUCGGGAAAAGUAUUGGGUCCUCAUGUGGGGUGCUAGCAAGGCUUAUUACGCGAUCAACUCUCUUUUGCUGAUUUGCAGCAUCUUGGUGAUCAUUCACAGCGUGCAGAUUCGGCGCAAGGUAAAAGAAAAUGCUCGAUUGAAGAAGGCCUCUCACUAUUUCCAAGCCGCGGCUCUCUUCAAUAGCCUGCGCUACUCCGUCAUCAGUAUCAUCACCAUCAUAGAGUUCACGGGCACCUCUUAUGAUUCAAUUUGGGUUAACGAGCUUUACCCCGCGUCCAAAUGGUCCAAUCCCAAGAAUGACCCAGAGAACUGGGCCGUUUUCCGCAUCCAAAUGCUCGCCAACUGGCUUAUCCGGCAUCUGGUUGACUUUGUCUUCGUUCUGGUCAUUCUGAUUUUGCUCUUCUUCCUCGCCCUACGGAAUCCACAACACGGCCUGUGGUCGAAGGAGUAUGUGGAGGAGUGUCUGGCAACAGACCCAGAGGGUUCCGUGACUGAGUUGACUGCUGCUGAGAGGCCGUUGCCCCCGGCGCCGGUUUACAGUCCCACUACUCAGCGACAGCCAGGGAUAGCUGACGGUGCAGGUCCAACGGGGAGGUCUGAUGUAGCCUAG